GCAUCAUUUUGAUUCAUUUUUAACGCAAUGCAGUAUAUCUUUUCAGAAAUGAAAUCUCCGCCUGAAUGGGUCACAGUGCUAGUCCUUGGUGGUUGUGGGAACCUUGGGCGCCACAUGGUCAAGCUGCUGAUUGAACAGGGCAAAGGCGUUCAUGAGAUCAGAGUUUUGGACUGCCAAGAGAAGCCACCAGAUUGCCAUCUCAUGUCUAAUGGGACCAAAUUAUCUUUCAUCAAAGGCGACAUCCGAAACAUGGACGACCUAAGAGGCGCCUUUAAGGACGUCACAGUGGUUGUCCAUAGUGCGGCAGUAAUUCAGUCGGGGGCCGUUUUCAUCAAUGACGUCAAUAUAAAAGGUACCAAAAACGUCAUCAAGGCUUGUUUGGAAUGCAACGUUCAAAAUCUGGUCUACACGUCAUCAACCGAGAUAUCACGUGACACAGGCAUGAUAGUUGAGAACUGUGACGAAGAUGACAUCGACAAAAGGAAGUUGCAUCAUGUUACAGACCUCCUGAAUGGCUAUACCAAGAGCAAGCAGAUCGCCGAGGAUAAAGUCCGAGCUGCUGAGGGCCAGCUGCUGAAAAACGGCAAGCGCCUGCACACAGUCGUGCUACGACCAUGCGGAAUUUACGGAGACGGCGACAAAGUGAUCAUACCAAAGUUUUUGAAAUUCGCCCACCAGUGUUGUUAUGGGUUUCUCCCGAGGAUGGGCGGGACAAGUACGCGAGUGUCGUUAGUGUAUGUAGGAAAUGCUGCAUGGGCCCACGUCUGUGCCGUCCGGGCCAUUCUGACAGAUGCUGAGAAAGUCACCGGCCGGUGUUACAACAUAACCGACGAUACCCCUGUCACAGAUUAUUUCACGUUCAUUGAACCUUUUCUCGGGGCUCAUAACAUGAAAGUCUUGCCCAUUGCCAUUCCGAUUCUGUUCGUGUACUAUUUCAUGUUUCUUAUGGAGAUCUUCUGUGUUCUGAUAGGUCCAAUAUACAAGGUAUCUCUGCCAAGUACCAAGGAAGAGGUAUUGCUGGCCGGAACCACAACGCACUACUGUGGCAAAAGAUGUCGCAGAGAACUAAGCUAUAAACCAUACUAUUCUCACAAGGAGGCAUACUCAUUGGCAUAUCAAUAUUACGCCUCACUAGUUCCGCAAGAUCUCUAAGUUUAUCACUAGUCCAAAAACGACACUAAUUUCAGAGAUUCUCCACUGAGGCACGCCGUUGGUAAAACAAAACGAAGGUGUGUAAUGACGAGUUGGACUUGAAAUAAAUUCGUUUAUCACGACUAUUAUAAAUACUGUCCUCUUUGAUGAUGCCCUGUUGAAGGACUGUAUGACGAGGGACAUUAAUACUGACAAUCCGUUUCUGUUCUGCGGAGAUGCGCCUAAACUGAAAGGACUGCUUAUUUUCAUUUUGUAACUUGGUAACCCGAGUGAUUAUCUCGCUACGCCUUUACAAGUAUGCUACUGCCUUUUCAUGUUGGUCUCAUGACGUCGUCGAGAACGGAUUACUCGAGUGAAUGAGGUUUUAUGCUUUUUGAAAACUUGUAUCCAAAAUAACGUUUAGCAUGCAGUUGAAAAUAAAGUAACGUCAAUGUAACUUUACUAAAAAUAUUUGCAUUGAAUACUUACAUGUAUCCUUCAUUUAUUUUCAAUAAAACCUUCCCAUGUGAGCGGACAUGCACACA